UUUGUUUUGAAUUUGAGCCGCAUUUAUUUUAAAAUUUGCGUUAUCAAUAAUAAAAAUGCUGGAUAUAUUGGAUGUGAUUAAUAAGCGGGAUUCGUCCGUCGAAAUUCAGUUGCCACCGCUUCCUGUAGCCUAUAUAAAGCUGGUCGAAUGCGACGAUUCGACACAAUUUGACACGGAAAAACAUUUACAAGUCAGCUGCAGUCAACCUUUUGCCGCUACAGAUGUCCUUAAAUUUGAAGUCGUGAACCAUGCUGUCUUAGCUAAGGGACCGGAUAUUAAAACCGUCUACGACUUAACCCUCGAAACAAAUGCUCAUAUCGCUUUUAAUCACGUUCCAGGGGAUACUGUAGGUAUCCUUACGGAAAAUUUAGAAGAUGAAGUCAAUGAAGUGCUGUUCCACUUGGGUUUGGAAUCCAAAGGUGACGUACUGUACAGCGUAGAAAUUGACAGUAACACAAAAAAGAAAGCUGCCAAACUUCCACUGUACAUCCCGGAACGAGUCCAGCUAAGGAAAUUGUUCACCGAAUGUCUCGAUUUGAGAGCGAUCCCGAAAAAGCUGUUCAUACGGGCUCUCCUGGAGCAUACAUCCGAUUCAACGGAAAAACAAUUUAUGGAACUUCUAUGCGAUAAAAAAGGAACCUGCUUUGACGACGUGAUCCUUAAGAAAAGCAUUGGCUUUACAGCUUUGCUUCGUAGUCUAGCGCAUUGUGUCCCACCAGUUUCCCUAUUGAUUGAACAUUUGCCAAGACUCAUGCCCCGACCUUAUUCGAUAGCAAACUACUCCCUUGAUCAGUCGACUAAUUCACGGCUAAGGAUUAUUUUCUCGCUCAAGGAAAAAUUGCCUGGCCUGACUACAAAAAUGCUACAAAGUCGGUGCCAAACAAGACAAUCUAUUUUCCUUUACUUUAGAAAAUCGACCAACUUCGCUUACACGACUGAUGAUUUGCAUAAGGAUAUAAUCCUCAUAGGGGUAGGGACGGGUAUAGCUCCUUAUUUAGGAUUUCUCGAAAAGCGUAGCAUAUGCAAACAUGAAUCAAAAGUAUCCCUAGGCAACCUGCAUCUGUACGCAGGUUUUCGCUACGAACAGAAAAACUUUAUCUGCCGUAGAGAAGUAGAAGACUAUUUCCGAGAAAACCCAUCGGAUAGUUUGCAUGUGGCCUUUUCUAGAGAUGAAAACUCCAAACAUCGUUAUGUGCAGGACUUGUUGGAACAUAACAAGGAUGAAGUUUUCCGACACCUUUCCAAUGGGGAUGCUAAGAUUUAUGUUUGUGGCGAUGGAAAGACAAUGCUACCGCAAAUAUUCGAGAAAAUGAAAAAUAUUUAUGCACACUUUGCGAAUCUGGAUGCAGCGGAAACGCAGGAAUGUUUUGUCGAGUUUAAGAAAAACGGUCGAUACGUUGAGGAUGUUUGGUUGUGAUAUUUGUUGUAUUAAAGAUAAAUCAGUUUAUUUUACA